AAGCAAACAUAUGCCAAAAUCUUGCGUCUAUCCUUUUAUCUUUACCUCUUUCUCUUUUUACUCAUCUUUCCUUGUUCUCUAGAUUUUCUUUCCCAGAUGAAGACAAUAAUGGCCAAGACUCCUCAUGACUCUUCUUUCUCUUUCUCCAGGAGGUAUUUCAACUGGAGAAAGAAAAUUGUUGAGGAUGAAGAAGAUGAUGAUGAGGAAAUCUUAACUUUCAACUCCUCCUCACAAUAUGAGGAGGAGUUGAAAGAUGACCAGGAGCUUAAAAUCACAGUGCCUGCUGCAGGUACAACUCAAGCAGCACCGAGGAAAAAAACACUUCCGAUUUUGGCAGUUUCUAGGCUCCGAUCAGCACUUACUGUUUUCAGUAAGAGCCGGUCGGCCCAUCACUCAGGUUUAGGUACCAGAGUGAUAGGUACUCUUUUCGGGUAUCGCCGUGGACAUGUUCAUUUUGCAUUUCAAGAAGAUGCAAAACAGAAUCCCGCUUUCUUGAUUGAGCUUGCAACACCAACGAGUGUACUAGUCCGAGAAAUGGCUUCUGGGUUGGUUAGGGUUGCAUUAGAGUGUGAAAAGAAGCCAGGGAAGAAAGCGGGGAAGUUGCUAGAGGAGCCUUUGUGGAGGGCUUACUGUAAUGGUAAGAAAUGUGGGUACGCAACGCGACGUGAAUGUAGGCCUGAAGAUUGGAAGGUUUUGAAAGCUGUGGAGCCAGUUUCAAUGGGAGCUGGUGUUUUACCAGGGGAUGAAGCAGGAGGGUCCGAAAUAGGGGAGCUCAUGUACAUGAGAGCCAGGUUUGAGAGAGUUGUGGGGUCAAAAGACUCGGAGGCAUUUUACAUGAUGAAUCCUGAUGGGUCUGGAGGUCCUGAACUUAGUGUUUAUUUGCUUAGAGUUUAA